AUGGUUCUGCUAACUACACCAUCUACAGUUUCGCCAAGUACGAGUAUUUUGGAGCGAGCUGAUUUGUGCCGGCCGAUUCCGGAAAAUUCGAGAAAAUUGGCACAAUUGGUGGAAUAUGAUGAAAGUCGAGUUGAGAUGGGGGUUAGUUGAAAAAAAAACGAUUGAAAUCCCUUUCUUGGAAUUAUAUUUUUGGCAUGAACUAAUAGAAUUUUCAUUUUACCUAGAAAUUGCAAGCGAAAAAUGUAGUUAGUGACCGAUUCAGUCGUGAGUGAAUUUGGAGAAAAUUCCAGGAAAAAAUUUGACAAUUUAUUUUGGGAACUUUGGUUUGCUGAAAAAUUUUCUCAACCCAAAGGAAAUCCCCCAAAAAAUUCCCCACUUUUUUUCCAGUCGCACUCAGUUUUUGUUCGAGAAGCUCGCCCUCCUGGUGCACAUUAUUCAAAAGCCAAUGUUCUUUUUCUUCACGGUCAAUCAUUUUCCAGUUCAACAUGGUUGGAAAAUAAUAUGUUAAGGUAACCAAUUUUCAUGAUCCAACCUAACUGAAACAAAAAAUUGCAGAACAUUUGCUGCCCUUGGUUAUCGAGCAAUUGCAAUUGAUUUGCCAGGUUCUGGUCAAACUCGCGGUCAAGCUUUAAGUCAAACAGAAAAACCAGUAUUUUUGAUGGAUUUUAUUGAGACUCUUGGUCUCAAAAAAAUAAUGGUUGUUUGUGCAUCAAUGUCAUCUCAAUAUAUUUUGCCACUUAUGACUUCUAAUCGAUAUUUGACUUGUGUUGUAGCUGUCGCUCCAUCAAAUACCCAUGAAGUUACAAGUCCAGCAAGUUAUAUCACACCAACUUUGGUUGUUUGGGGUGAGUCAAUUUGAUUUUUGAAAUUCGGCAGCACAAAACUUUGGAUUAUUUUUAAAAACAUUUGUAGGAAGUAAAACUCAGAUUACUGUAGAUUUCGGCACAAAAAACGUUGAAGUAACUUUUUUAAAAAGAUAAAAACCAUCUUGAAAAUUUUUUCGCUAAAGAUCCACGUGGAAUGUUUGUCCAACUCGAAAGUUCAGAAUAGACAUCUUUUCGCGCUAUAAAUUCCAAGUGGAUUUUUUUCAGGCAAAAAUUAUUUCAAAAUUCAAAAAUACACUGCUUCAAAACAUUUUGGAACUUCCCCCUCUUCCCAAAUAAAAAAUCCAAAAUUUUUCCAGGCGAUCGUGACACUUCUCUUGGCCCAACCGCUGCUUCAAACUUGAAAAACCUUCCAAACGUCAAACUCAUGAAAAUUACCGACGCUGGACAUGCUUGUUAUCUUCACAAUCCAAAACACUUCGAAAAUGUUUGUGUCAAUUUUUUCGAACUCAUCCGAAAUUAUCAUUGA